CUCCCAGUAAUGAAAAAUUCAUGCUCAGAGGUGGCAGGGUUUUACUUAAUAUAAAAAUUGUUUAGAGAAGAAAUGUUAAAAGUUUUGGGUAAGUUUUUAACUGCUGUCAGCAAGUGCAGUGGGGAACACCGAGUUUAUCCAUGUCUGAGUAAGCAGUUCCUAUACAUAUGCAGGUGAAAUGGUUAAACUUGCUAAUGGUGCUGCAAGUAGAAAGUGAUUUUACUCUCAGUUGUGUAAGAGCCAGCACUGGAACAUGAUCAGUGAUARAGCUGUAAAACCAUACCCUGCUCUAUUAACUUUCAAAAGACACAAAAUACUCUUCUGUUAAAGAUCCCUGUACUAAAGUGAUUCAGGGCACAGUUAUGCUUUGGACAUUAGGUUUAUAUCAUCUUUAGAGAACACAUGUUUUGUUAUGUCRGGAAACAAAUGCCCACUCUUUUCCCCCCUCCCUUCCCCUAGAGGACUCAAUUUUGUGUCCAUAACAAAAAGUUGCCUUUUAAAGUUAGAAACAGAGCCCUAGUGGACCCCCCGGGAAUGGUUUUUGUAGGAACCAGGCUUCCCCGUGUCCCCUCUGCCACAGCUGUCUGCUCCYAUCAGCCCAGCCUAGUGAGUGCUGCAUGCUCGAGUCAUCGCCAGGAAUAAACCUUAUGACAACAAGAGCCUUUCUCAACCUGAAUCAUCCCGGGCGCUGCUUUGGGAAGAUGACCCAGCUAAUGACUUCACUGAGAUAGUCUAUAUAAGUCCAGGAAAACAACAGGCACUCACAGAGCUCACGGGCUGGAUUUAAUCAAAGCUGGGAACGACCUGGGAGGGAUUUCAGCGAGGGAGCACCGCAGUUAUGUCACAGCCAGCCCCUGUGAAAAAGAAGCGUCCUCCAGUGAAGGAAGAAGACCUCAAAGGAGCUAGAGGAAACCUUGCCAAAAACCAGGAAAUUAAAUCCAAAACCUACCAAGUGAUGAGRCAGUGUGAACAAAUGGGCGCUGCAGCACCUUCCAUAUUCAGCCGGGCCCGGACAGGGGGUGAAACAGUCUUCGAGAAACCRAAAGAUGAGCCAGCCAAGAGCGUCUUUGGCUGACAGCAGAGCUGGAUGUGUCUCAUCCAAAUUUUUUUCCAAAUUUCUGUUCCUUACACURAAGUCACUGUAGACUCAAGUAGCUGAUUUUCACUCUAAGUCCUUAAGUACAAAUAUACUCAUGUCAAAGGGUAAAAUUUCCCUUUAAAAAUGUUCAUUUUUAUUACAUUCUUUCUUUCUAUGUAUUGGACAAUGUUUGCUAUAAUGGUUUAAUAAAAAAAAAGGUUGU